CCAUACAGGUAGAACUUGCUGGUACCGGUACGUAGGUGCAGUAUGCAGCAUGGAAUCAAAAUCAGACUCCAUCGCAAAGCUUCGCAACCAGAGAAGAUAUCCCGCAAAACGCGCAAAAACACAUCCAGUGCUGGGAUCAGGAGCAAGUUAACCACCUAUGUUUAGAAAAGAUGCCCGAGCUGCCCGAGGUUCAAAAUUUUCGAAGGCUCCUUUUGUCUUUGAUAUCUCAAGAACACACAUUGAGAUUGGAGCGCCAUUCCCUCGAGAAGGCCCCUCCUCGGAAAUUCAUUAAGGACGAAGAGAUCGACGAAAUCCAUUCCUCGGAAUUUAUGGUUUCGGAUGUGUUGAGAAAAGGCAAGCUGAUAUGUAUGGUAUUGACAAACAGGAUCAAACCGAAAGACAGGAAGGGGAGAAAAAAUGCCGCACCGGCACCAGCACCAACCACAAAAUAUCUCUUCCUUCACAUGGGGAUGACCGGGCGGAUUUCUACGCCUGACUGCAUCCCGAAAUUACAGGAACUUUCCGACGCAAAUAUCUACCCCCCACCGUACACGUAUUUAAGACUGAUCGCUGGGCCAAAUGAAGCAUGUUUUUCCGAUCCUCGCAAGUUCGGCGCAACAUACCUCAAAGAUGUCCUGUCGGACGAUUUCGACGUGCUUGCGCCCGACGCAUGGCUAGAUACUCGCCCUAUCAAGUCCGAAACCGCAAAUCUAGAGAAAGACAUGGCAAAAGGCAUAGUGGAGAACGAAUCUUCUACGCUGUCCACUAUCUUAUCAAAACUGACGGACCAAUCGAUGGGAAUUAAGGGAAUUUUGUUGGAUCAAAAACGAGCCAUGUGUGGGGUAGGAAACUGGGUCGCCGAUGAGGUUCUGUACCAAACCAGAAUGCACCCCGAUCAAAAUUAUUUGACUAACGAUCAGGCGAGGAUUCUUGUUCAUCGAUUACACCUCAUUUUGGACGAGGCCGUUCGAUGCCUCUCCAAGGACAAGGACUUCCCUCGAGAAUGGCUAUUUCAUUACCGAUGGAGCAAACGGGGGAGCAAGUCCUCGGCCGUGAAAGAUUCCACGGGCCGGUCAAUCGUAUUUGUGACAUCGGGUGGGAGAACCUCUGCUGUGGUCCCCUCACUCCAAAAGAAAAAGUCCCAGGCUCCGGCAAGAACGCCGGAAGCCUCAAAAAAGAAGAAAGAGACCAAGGCCACGACAACGACAACAUCGCGAAGAAAGAACGAUAUAAAWUCCGAAGAGACGCCAACAAAAGCUGAAAAAAAAACAAAAACAAAAGUAAAAAAAGAAAGUGGCGGAGUGUCAAAGCCACCACAACCCAGAAGCCGAAAACGCAAAGGUUCUUCGGAAGACGCGCCGGCUGGCAUCCGACGAGGCACGAGACGAAGUCCCAGAUUCAAAAAGCUCUGAGGGAGGAAUCUGGGUAUCGGAAAGUUCUUUGUUUCAUUUCCCUCCGACCAGUGGUCUCGAAAUCUAGUAGAUCUAAGCCGAACUAAACUUUCGCGCGAUAC